CCCCACCCCUCCCACUACGCUCAACCCCCUCCCUCUCCGCCACCACUGUCCGCGAUCGCCCGGCCGCAGGGAAGGAAGAAAGGAGCGCAGGAGGUGGAGGGCCUCUUGACUUUGAAUCCCACCCUACUUGGGCCCCAAGGGUGGAUUGGUUCCCAGCCCCCCUAGGAAUGUUCAAGCCCCAGGGCACUAGAGCAAAAUCAGUUGGCUGACUUUGUCUCCCUGUGUCUCCUCUGUAUGUGUCUUGUUCUGUCUCCCUGACCGUUCCCACCUCUGAUAUCUACGUUUUCUUUCUCUCUAUCUCUCUCCUUUGUGUUUCUCCCGAACUUUGCUCCCCUUUCCUACGUCUCCACAACUCUCUCCUCACCGUUCCUGUCUCUAUCCCCUUCUGCCUCCUGAGCACCUUCCUCUCCCGCCUCUCAUCGGUCUCCUCUUCUGGACUGUGAAUCUACCCGUCCUGCACCCUCUGCUCUCCUUUUCACCUCACCCCACAUCUUUCAUCUCUUCUUCCCACUCCUGCCUCUCCCCCUUUUCCCCACAGGCAUGGAUCCACAGCCCCCUCCACCUGCCCAGGGCAGCCCACCUCACCGUGACCGUGGCCGAGGCCGAGGCCGUGGCCGUGGCCGUGGUCGAGGCCGUGGUCGUGGCAGAGGGGGUGCUGGAGCUCCUAGGGCGCCUCUGCCCUGCCCCACCUGUGGUCGCCUCUUCCGCUUCCCUUACUACCUGUCUCGACACCGGCUGAGUCACUCGGGCCUCCGGCCCCAUGCCUGCCCCCUGUGCCCCAAAGCUUUCCGCAGGCCUGCCCACCUUUCCCGCCACCUUCGUGGCCACGGGCCCCAGCCCCCGCUGCGCUGCGCUGCUUGCCCACGCACCUUCCCAGAGCCAGCCCAGCUCAGGCGCCACCUGGCCCAGGAGCACGCAGGUGGCGAGGUAGAUCUGUCCAUGCAGAGGGCAGUGAAGGAGGAGCCCGAGGCCAGUUGGGGUCCGCAGGACGAGGGAGUGGAGCAGCCCGCCACGGUGGUGGUGGCCGGGGCUGCGGAGGAGGCGACCGCACAGUGGCCCGUAGGGGACUCGGCUCCUUCUGCUGUCUCCACGAGUACGGAUCCUCGGGAAUCGGAGGCCGAGGAGGCCGAGGCCGGGGCAGCGGAGCUAAGGGCAGAGUUGGCACUGGCCGCGGGGCGACAGGAGGAGAAACAGGUCCUUCUCCAGGCCGACUGGACGCUGCUGUGUCUCCGCUGUCGCGAAGCCUUCGCCACUAAGGGGGAGCUCAAAGCCCACCCGUGUCUGCGCCCCGAAGGCGAACAGGAGGGCGAAGGAGGACCCCCGCCCCGCCCCAAGCGACACCAGUGUUCCAUCUGCCUCAAGGCUUUCGCCAGGCCCUGGUCCCUAUCGCGUCACCGGCUAGUCCACUCCACCGAUCGGCCUUUUGUGUGUCCAGACUGUGGCCUGGCCUUCCGCCUGGCCUCUUACCUCCGCCAGCACCGCCGCGUCCAUGGUCCACUCAGCCUGCUGGCCCCAUUACCCGGGGCUGGCAAGAAGGACGACAAGGCCUCCGGAGGACGGAACUCAGGGAAAGGGCCCGAGGGGGGCGAAGGGGCAGAAUGUGGGGGUGCAUCGGAAGGGGGCGAAAGCGGGCAGAAUGGAGGAGAUGCCACCCCAGCCCGGCCUCCGGCGGGAGAGCCACGUUUCUGGUGUCCUGAGUGUGGCAAAGGUUUCCGACGCCGGGCACACCUACGCCAGCAUGGGGUCACCCACUCCGGAGCGCGCCCUUUCCAGUGCGUGCGCUGCCAGAGGGAAUUCAAGCGACUGGCGGACCUGGCCCGCCACGCUCAAGUCCACGCUGGGGGCCCCGCCCCGCAUCCGUGCCCGCGAUGCCCACGCCGCUUCUCUCGCGCUUACAGCCUCCUGCGCCACCAACGCUGCCACCGCGCCGAGCUGGAACGUGCGGAGCUGGAGAGGGCUGCAGCGCUGCAGGAACUCCAGACCCAGGCCUCACAGUCGCCCCAGCCUCCGCAGCCACUUAAGCAGGAGGCAGAAGGGCUCCCUCUGCCCAUCGCCCACAUCAAGGAAGAGCCUCCCUCACCUGGCACCCUACCCCAGUCCCCGCCUGCUCCACCUGUCUUUCUCAGCGCCUCCUGUUUUGACAGCCAAGACCAUUCAGCCUUCGAGAUGGAGGAUGAGGAGGUGGACAGUAAGGCCCACCUACGGGGAUUGGGAGGCCUGGCCUCCUGACCCUCACAUCCACCCUCCGCCCUUCCAAUUGAGCUCCCGGUUUGCAGUAAGGAAGAGGGAAGCUGAAGGAGAGGAACCUCCCCUGCCUACCCCUGAACCCAGGAUCAUUCACCUUCUCCUUUACCCACCCCUAGACCCCUGAUGCUGGUUAGGAACUUCUCACCCCAACACGUGUCUUAAGUAAGGCAGGGCAAGGCGGAGGACACUUGGCCAGAAGGAUAGAGACUGCUGGGAUUGUCCCAGCCUGCCCAUCCCUAUUACAAACACUGGACACCAUCACCUCUUUGGAACUGCCAGACCCUGGGAGUUCCCAGCGUGAAAGGUCUGCCCCCGUUCCUCUGUCUCUGUGAAUAAAUGUGAGUUCGUGCAA